AUGGCACCACUUCCAGCUGCGCGCCUGGCACAUCAUGAACGAGCCUUCACGUAUACCGGGGUGGACUACUUCGGACCACUGUUGGUGAAGUUGGGAAGAUCCAACGUCAAACGAUGGAUCGCAUUGUUUACAUGCCUGACAGUGCGCGCCGUUCAUCUUGAAGUCGCUUAUACGUUAUCCACAGAGUCCUGCAUUUCCUGCGUCCGUCGAUUCGUGGGUCGGCGGGGACCACCCGCCGAAUUUUUCAGCGACAACGGAACAAAUUUCCAAGGUGCCGAUCGAGUGUUGCAGCACCAGAUAAGCCAGGGACUGUCAACAACGUUCACCAGUACCAACACAAAGUGGAACUUCAUUCCGCCGGGAGCACCACAUAUGGGCGGGGCAUGGGAACGCUUAGUGCAGUCAGUGAAAGCAGCGAUGGGCGAAGCGUACUCCGAGGAGAAGCUGGAUGACGAGGGGCUGCAGACACUGGUCGUGGAGGCGGAAAGUAUAGUCAACUCAAGGCCUCUGACGUACUUAUCACUUGAAUCCGAGGAAGCAGAAGCACUCACUCCGAACCACUUUCUGUUGCUGAGUUCAAGUGGAGUGAAGCAUUCAAUAACCCAAACCGAAGAGGGCCCGCGAAGUGAGCUGGUUCGCCGAAAAAUUCUUGGGAGAUCACACGAGCAAAUCCGCACCAAGCUUGACGCUUUCUGGAAACGCUGGUUGGCAGAAUACUUGCCGGUGAUCCGUCGACAACCGAAAUGGUUCGAUGACACCAGAACGAUGAUCGCAGGAGACUUAGUGAUGGUCGCGGAACCAUUUAAGCGUAAUGGAUGGGAACGCGGACGAAUUGUACGUAUGAUUCCGAGUGCAGAUGGGCAGCAUCGACAAGCCGUCGUGAAGAUAGGACAGAAGAGUCUGCUGAGGCCGGUGACAAGGCUGGCGUUACUAGACUUGGAGGAAAAACGUGAAGUUCCGGAAGGCUCCGGACUACACCCGGGGGAGACUGUUGACGCAGAAAUGGUGAACUGGCCACCCUGCCACCGUCGUUUCUAA